AUGCCACAGCUACAGCUGCUGGAUCUGCGUGGGAACCAGUUCCAGGGAACCAUUCCCGCCUCCUACUUCCGCAUCCCAACGUUCUUGCCUACCACCGCCGCUCCUCCCGCCACUCCCACCCCCGCCAUUGCCUCUAGCCCCUCUGCCUUCAUCCAAGCGCCCCUCAACCAAGAAGCGCUCUUCUCCACCUCCCUCACCCCCACCCUCGCCUCCCCCUUCUCCUCCUCCACCGUCCCCUCCACCUCCCUCCCCCCCACCAUCCCCUCCUCCUCCCCCCCCACCUUCUCCCCCUCCCCCUUCCCCUCCUCCAUCUCCUCCUCCUCCAUCCCCUCCUCCUCCAUCUCCCCCACCUCCAUCUCCCCCCCCUCCCUCUCCUCCUCCUCCAUCUCCUCCCCCGCCAUCUCCUCCUCCGCCUUUUCCCCCUCCUCCAUCUCCUCCCCCUACUCCCCCCCCAUCCCCACCAUUCCCACCCCCACCUCGCCCCCCGCGCCCUCGUUUCCCCCCACCAUCACCCCCACCGCCCCCCUCACCGCCCUCCCCAGCGCUACCACUCAUCCCUUUCGUGCCUCCAGCCCCAUCCGUGCCUCGUGCACGUGUGUGCAGCCGGUGGUGGUGGAGCUUCGGCUGUCAAUGGAGUUUCGCCGCUUCAACUCAGCGUUCAAGCAGAGUCUACAACUGCAGCUGGCUCGCUCAUUCGCCGUGAACGCGACUCAAGUCCUCAUACCCUCCAUUCGUCCCGGCAGCGUCAUCGCCCUCACUGCAGUGCUGCCUCCUGCCCCCGCCACACACUUCUCCAAUGCCACCCUUGACCAAUUCUCCACCGCCCUGCAAACCGCACUUGCACAGUCCACUAACGCAACUGCUGGCGGAGCUGCUGCUGCUGGUGCAGGGACAGGCCAUGGUACGAGCACGGCUGAGCCUUUGGGGCUUCGAGGGUUCGGAAGGGUGGAGGUCCUGGGUUACUGGAUCCCCGGUUACACCCUUCCCACACCAAGCACGAGCAACAGCGGGAGCCCUUCCGCCAGUGAGCAACACCCUGCCAACACUAGCAAGAGCAAAACAAUGGCCAUAGCGCUGGGCGUGGGAGUGCCAGUACUGGUGCUCCUGCUGCUCGGCAUAGCCUGGUGCCUGCUGCUGCGCACCCGUUUCUCCUGCCACAACCCCCUCUGGUCCCUCCUUCGCUGCUGUGCGACUAGCAGCAGCCGCAAGGGCAGCGGGGCCGACUCAUCCUGCUGGGGGGUGUGGCGUGGGGGAUUCUCCAAGGGCUGGUGGGGGCGGAAAGCGGAUCAAGGGGCUGCAGAGGGCGAGAAGGACAAGGAGAAAGACGAAACGGUUCGCGGCAGAGGAGGGAUGCUGAACGGCAAACCGUUCACAUCUGAAGCACCAACUUAUUUCUGGGAGACCAAGCUACGGCACUCGCACAAGAACCAGCGUGCAGCAGUGCCUCCGCAGGACCCUAGUGCACAUGGCAGGGCGACAGGGGAGUCCAAUGCACGCGAGUUCUCCCUGCAGGAGCUCUGGGCUGCUACAGAUGGCUUUGCUCUGAGUGCACGCAUCCAGGAGGGGCCGUUUGGGCCGCUUUUCAGUGGCAGGCUGGCAGAUGGCUCGCCAGUGGCAGUGGCACGGCUGGACCCGUCACCCCAGGGCGGAUGGUCAGAGGAGCAGGUGCGGCAGGCAGCGCUGCAGCUGGCGCCCCUCCUGCACGGCAACCUGGUGCCUCUGCGUGGGUUCUCUGUGGACGGGGGAGAGAGGCUGCUGGUGCUGGAUGACUUCUGCUGGCGCGCUGGCCACCUGGGCACUCUUGCAUGCGCUCUGCACCACCCAAGCUCCUCCUCCUCUGCUUUGCAUGGCACUGAUGGCGGUGGUGAAAUCGUGGCUGGGUCUAGUGGUAGCACCUGCUUUUUAAGCUGGGAUGCAAGAGUGGAGAUUGCUAUUGGCUGCGCUCACGCUCUCAGGUACCUGCACGAGGACUGCCGCCCGCCCAUCGUGCAUGGUGCCAUCUCCUCCUCGCUCAUCUUCCUUGACGCGCACUCCCUGCCUCACAUCGCCCAUGCUGGCCUCGCUCCCCUGCACGGCGCCACCGUUUCCACCUACGCUCAUACGGACCAGCUGGUGGGGGCGUUUGCGUACAGCGCACCAGAGCAUGCAAUGACAGGCGUCUUCACGCCCAGCAGUGACGUGUACAGCUUUGGAGUGGUGCUGCUAGAGCUCCUCACAGGCCGCAAGCCCGUCGAUCCGUCAAAGCCCAAGUCACAGUCUUCCCUUGUGCGCUGGGCUGCUCCUCGCCUUGCCUCUGCCUCGGCGCUCCCGUCGCUCCUCGAUGCGUGCAUGCCUGGCCACCCUCCAUCGUCCACCGCUCUCCUGCACUUCGCCCGGCUUGCCUCCCACUGCAUUCAGCCCGAGGCCGAAUUCAGGCCCACCAUGGCCCAGGUCAUAGCAGAGCUCUGUGGCAGUGUGCGCACUGCUGUGCCCUCCGCCCCCCCGUUGCCUGCCUUGCUUCCCAACCGCGCGGCUCGCACUGCCUCGAGGUUCGGCAGAGGAGCCGGUGGUCGGGAGGAGAGGAGAGUGGCACCGGCACCGGUAACACAGGAGGCUGAUGGGGAGGAUGGCACGAUGGCUCGUGCAUCCACUCUCAACUCAAUACAGUACUGA